UUUACCAAGAGCUUGGAAACACCACUGUGAGUGGGUCCUCAACAGACCUUUAUAGAACAGCCGGACCAUAUUGAACCAUAGACAAAUCUGAGGACCAUCACAUACCAGCAGUUGAUGCUUUAUGUGCUCGAUCAUAUGACUCCUCUGCGUUAUCUGGACAGAUAUCACUUUCCAUUCCCAGUCAUUAAAAAGAAAUACACGCGCGUUAUCUCUCACGUGUUUAUACAUAUUUAUCUAUUCACAUCAAGAUGUUCUCUCCGGACGGGAGGAAUUCUACUGAGCUGAUGUGGUUCAACGCUUCAGAGCUGAACACUUCUCUGGAGGAUCCUCAGGAGGAGGCGGAGCACCCAUUUCUGACAGACGCCUGGCUGGUGCCUCUCUUCUUCGCUCUCAUCAUGUUGGUGGGUCUCAUGGGGAACUCUCUGGUCAUUUAUGUCAUCUCCAAACACAGGCAGAUGAGGACGGCCACCAACUUCUACAUAGUGAACCUGGCUGCAACGGAUAUCAUCUUCCUGGUGUGUUGUGUCCCAUUCACAGCCACUCUCUACCCUCUCCCUGGAUGGAUAUUUGGAGACUUCAUGUGUAAAUUUGUAGCCUUUCUACAACAGGUAACUGUUCAGGCCACCUGCAUCACACUCACUGUCAUGAGUGGAGACCGUUGCUAUGUCACGGUAUAUCCUCUGAAGUCCCUACGCCAUCGCACUCCAGGAGUCGCCAUGAUCGUCAGUAUUUGCAUAUGGAUUGGUUCUUUCAUUUUAUCCACCCCGAUCUUAAUGUACCAGAGGAUUGAGGAGGGAUACUGGUAUGGACCGAGACACUACUGCGUGGAGAGGUUUCCCUCAAAGACCCAGGAGAGGGCUUUUAUUGUGUACCAGUUCGCAGCAGCCUACCUGCUACCGGUCAUCACCAUCUCCUCCUGUUACACAGUAAUGCUAAAGAGGGUGGGCCAACCGGCCGUGCAGCCAGUAGACAAUAAUUACCAGGUCCAUCUGUUGUCUGAGAGGACCGUCACUCUGAGGAGCAAGAUCUCCAAGAUGGUGGUUGUGAUUGUCCUCCUAUUCACAAUUUGCUGGGGGCCGAUCCAAUUGUUUGCCCUGUUCCAAUCCUUCUACCCUAACUACAGGGUAAACUACACCACCUAUAAGAUCAAGACCUGGGCUAACUGCAUGUCUUACGUUAACUCCUCCAUUAACCCAAUCGUUUACGGUUUCAUGGGAGCCAGUUUCCGGAAGUCUUUCAAGAAGACUUUCCCUUUUCUGUUCAAACACAAAGUGAGAGACAGCAGUGUCACGUCACGCACGGCGAAUGCAGAUAUCAAGUUAGUGGCUGCAGAGGAAAACAAAAAUGAGGGGAAAUAAAAUGAGCCAUUGGCAGAGUGAGUGUCUGGGGGCUGCAGAGGAUUCGCUUCUCCAUGACACACAAGCAGAACAGAAACAUGAUGGACUGCUGUGAUUGAAAGCACACUGCUCAACAUAGACAACUAUGAUUGAAAGCACACUGCUCAACAUAGACAACUAUGAUUGAAUGCAGACUGCUCAACAUAGAGCCCUGCAAAGGAAAACACCCCCUGGUGGAAGCAACGUUUCAAUAUUAUCCUUGGGGAGUUUCUUCAGCCGUUAUUGUGUAAACACUGACUAGCAAAGUGCGAAUGACACGUAGGUUGCACAUGUGAUAUCAGACAUCCAAGGCAUAUAGGAAGAAAUAUGAAAAGAACAUGAAAUACACCAAAAAUUACAAAGCAAAUGAAGAGCAACAUUGCAAUUAAACAUUUAACACUAACACAGGGAAAUAAAUCCCAAACAUUAUUUAUUAGGUUGUUAACUGUGAAUUCUAAAGGACAGCACUGUAGGGUCAAAAGAAAGGCUGCAUCACCUAGUAGAAUGUGGAAGUGGAACACCCAGCUGUAUAUUUGCUCUGUUCCAUUUUUUCGUAAGUAAAAUGAAAACCGAAAAAAAAACACAAAAUGAAAGUCCGACGAAAUAGUAGUUGACACUAGGCAUGUGCAUUAUGAGCAGUAACAUGUGACCUCCCCUUUACGGUCUGUUUGUUAUCAGUUGUAAACAUCUUUUGACAAGUCGUUAUCAGUAACCAUCUCAAAGCAUUUUAUAUGAAAUGUCUGCUGGUACAUAAGAAAUCCACACAUCCAUGAAUGUCAAAAUGGUAUUUUUCUUGUCAGUUGAAUGGGUAAACAGCCAACAAUGAUUUGUAGGAACCUGCUGAAGUAAGGGCAUAGUAAAUGAGGCUUUAGACAUACCCACACCUUCUACACACAGCCCUAGGUGUCACGGACUAAGCCCUACCUCACCUUGACUGUCCAAGCAUAAAGCCCUCACAUUCACACAGCACUACCUAAUGUUACUUAUUAAGUCACCCAGACGUUCCCUCUUCCUCUGACAGUGAGGCUCUAAGAAGAAAACUAAUCCGUGACUCACCUGAACAAACAGUGACCUCCCUAAAUAAGCUUUUACUUUUUGUCCAUGUUCAAAUUGCAGAGCGAUACAUUACCACUGGAGAUGUCCAUGUUGUGACCAUUGUGGUAGUGAGUUCAUUCAUGAGCCUGAAAAAUAAUAUGAAAGGUCUGAAGGUGAACAGCAGUAAAGCUAGCUUGUAGGAACAAACAGACUUUUGGGUACUAUUUGAUAUACACUACUGUUCAAGUUUGGGGUCACUUAGAAAUGUCCUUGUUUUUGAAAGAAAAGCACAUUUCUGUCCAUUAAAAUAACAUUAAAUUGAUCACAGAUACAAUGUAGAUAUUGUCAGUGUUGUAAAUGUCUAUUGUAGCUGGAAAUUACAGAUUUUUAUGGAAUAUCUACAGUGGGGAGAACAAGUAUUUGAUUCA